AUGCAAAUAUUUGUCCAUCAACAGUUCUUUUGCGAUAUUCCAGCCUUAAACCAGAGCCGUACAGACCUGAGCCAGUCCCUGUUUAGCAAGCUGCCUGACAUCCCAGUGGAGGGAUCAACAGACAACCGGGACUGCUUCCUAAACAGUUUGGCCCUCAUGCCAGGGGACAGGCUCCUACUGGCUGACUUCAACAAUAACUCAGUAAUGCAUGUGGACACCACUACCAACAAGAUGGUGUCCCAGGUGAAACUUCCAGGUGGUCCGUGGGACCUGUGUCUCCUGCCCGGGGACAGGGCAGCUGUAACUCUGCCUAAGGAGAAAAAGAUACAGUUCGUAUCUACUCAGGGAAAUGUUACACUACAGAAAGUUGUUAAAGUAGAUGGAAAAUGUCAUGGAAUAUAUUUCUGUGAUGACAACUUGAUAGUGUCCUUCUCCUUUCCACCUAAGGUUGUGUUGAUGAACAUGAAGGUAAAGGUGAAGAAGAGUGCGGACAAAGACAGCAGUGGAAAACCUUUGUUUCUGUAUCCUGAGUAUCUGACAGUGACCAGAGAGAGCCAGACUCCUCCAGUCAUAUAUGUCACAGACUGGGGCACCAGCACCAUAACCAAGCUGAGCAUCUCAGUAGAGGUGCUCCAGACCUACAUAGACCCGAUACUGAGAUCACCACGCGGUCUGGCAGCCGUGGGGGACAACCAGCUGCUACUAUGUGGGAGGGCCAGUGACAACAUCCUGUUUCUGGACACAUUCACAGGCGAGAUAACCCAACUGAUGGGGAAGAAAGAGGGGAUAGAGGGUCCAUACAGUGUGGUUUACUGUCCACUUAAGGAGAUGACAUUUGUUACCUGUAUUCCAGAUAACAGACCUGAAAUCGAGAAUUUCGUGAAAGUCUUCAAAGUCGCAUAA